AUGUCAGGGGCAUAUUGUGUAUGCUGUGGGAGAAUGUUAGCUGCUGGAGCUGGCUAUUUUCCAGAUAGUUGUCUGUAUCAAUUUGGAGAACAUUUUGAGAUUGUAUACACAGAGUACUUUUUUGGCUCAUGGGUUGAGAUGGCAGUUAUGGUGAUAGUUGUUAUCUGGAAUCCCCAAGCUAAUGAAGAAGGAUAUGCUCCUUCUGCCAUUGAAGCACUACGAAUUUUAAAUGAAACUUUGGAUGCGUUCUUUCAGCUGCCAAUACCAAUGCAUCCAGCAUUGCUUCCUGAGUUGAUAGCUGGUCUGGACAGAUGUCUUCAGUAUUACAUAACCAAGGCAAAAUCUGGCUGUGGAUCGAGGAACACAUAUGUUCCCACCAUGCCAGCGUUAACCAGAUGUACAACAAGUACAAAAUUUCAAGGUGUGUGGAAGAAGAAAGUAAAGUCCCUGAACUCUCAGAAGAGGAACUCUCAGGUUGCAACAAUGAAUGGGGAUAACUCUGUUGGAGUACCACAGCUAUGCACUCGUAUAAAUACUUUGCAACGAUUACAGACAGAAUUGGAUGUUCUAGAAAAGAGGAUAAUCACCCUUUUGCGGAACUCUGAAUCUGCUCAUGCAGAAGAUUUUUCAAAUGGGUUGGGGAAAAAAUUUGAGCUAUCACCAUCUGCUUGUCUAGAAGGAAUCCAACAACUGUGUGAAGCGGUGGCUUAUAAAAUCAUCUUUCAUGAUCUGAGUCGUGUUCUGUGGGAUGGUUUGUAUAUUGGUGAGACAUCAUCUUCUAGGAUUGAACCAUUUCUUCAGGAGCUCGAGCGGAACUUAACAAUCAUAUCCAAUACCGUGCAUGAAAGAGUUCGUACCCGGAUUAUUGCCGACAUAAUGAAAGCUUCCUUUGAUGGUUUCUUGUUGGUUUUGUUUGCUGGGGGGCCUUCCCGUUCUUUUACCAGGCAGGACUCCCAGAUAAUAGAGGAUGAUUUCAACUCUCUUAAAGAUUUGUUCUGGGCAAAUGGGGAUGGGUUGCCACCAGAAGUGAUUCCUAAGUUUUCAUCCGCGGUGAGGGAUGUCCUUCCACUUUUCCGAACUGAUACGGAUAGCCUCAUUGACAGGUUCAGACGCUUGACUUUGGAAACUUAUGGCUCUUCUGCCAAGUCAAGACUUCCGUUACCUCCAACAUCAGGACAAUGGAACCCAACUGAGCCAAACACACUGCUGCGUGUUUUGUGUUAUCGGAAUGAUGAUGCAGCUUCAAGGUUUCUGAAAAAGGCAUACAACUUGCCUAAGAAACUGUAAUGGACUUGAGGCAUGGUGCAUAUUGACCAACGCAAGUGGCUCCUUACAUGUGGGUAUCAUUUUGGCAGAACAUUCUUUGUUGUUCUGCUUGUAUUUAACACAUUGACAUGAUAAUCCUUCUGCCAUGCUUGGACUUCGGUUAUUGCAAGCUGGGUUGUCACCACAAGUGCCAUAUUUCUGUACAGUAAAUUUUGUAGCACUGGAAACUUCACCCCUCUGCUUGCAAAAGUUUCGUAAUUUUUGGCAACUUACGAGGCUUGCGGGAGGAAGGCAGUCGGGAUUUAUUAUCAUUCAUUAUUGUGGUCGAUAUAUUUUUAGUUUUCUUCAAUGCAUUCGUGUCUUUUCUACUGCAUUAUUGUCAUUCAUUAACUGAAGAUUCUUCGUUUUCGCCUGUGUAAAUAUAAAAGGGCUCAUCACCCUCUUAUUGUCUUGGAAAUGUAAGCUCUAUGUUGAUUUAUGUACUUGUAUUGGUUAUGAGAGUGUAUUAAAGGC